AUGCACUUCACCUUCUUCUUGGCUGCUUUUGUCGGCAACGCCGCUGCACAUGGCGUUGUCUCAAGCUUCAAGACUGAUGGUGCUGAACACCAAGGUUACCUGAUGAACUACUACUAUGAUACCAAGAACGGCAAAGCUCUCCCUCCUUUGGCUGCAUGGUCUGCUGAGAACCUCGACAAUGGCUUCGUGUCCCCAAACAACUAUACUCAUCCAGAAAUUAUUUGCCAGAAGAAUGGAAAGCCGGCCAAUUUGACUGUUCAGGUUGCCGCUGGCGGGACCAUCGACUUUCAAUGGACCAAAUGGGCUCAUUUCGGCCCAAUGAUGACCUAUGUGGCUCCCUGCAAUGGCGAUUGCUCCGCUGUCGACAAGACCACCCUCAAGUGGGUAAAGAUUGACGAAGCGGGGAUCGAUUUUGACACUCAAGAGUGGGCGGCUAGAAAGAUGGUCAACAACAACCGAACAUGGACGACAAAGAUACCCCCGACGCUAGCUGCCGGCAACUAUGUCUUCCGUCACGAAACAAUCGCUGUUCACGGGUCAAACAGGAUUGGCGGCGCACAGAACUACCCUCAAUGCUUCAAUAUCGAGAUUAUAGGGUCGGGAACUGCCAAGCCUGAGGGUGUCUUGGGCACUAAGCUCUACACUCCCACUGAUCCGGGCCUCUACUUCAACCCUUACACAAUUUUGAAGAACUAUACCAUUCCUGGUCCUCCUCUAUUCAAGGACGGUAAUGGAGGUCUUACCGAUGGCUCUCCAACCACUUUCGAAGCUAUCACCAACGCCUUUCCAACUGCCACUAGCGUACCCAGUGAUUCCUCUCCUAAGCCAUCCGCGAGCGGAUGUAGAGCUGUGCAAAAAGCUAAAAACCAGAAGACUAGGCAUUCUCGUUUCUAG